AUGGAUGAAGUGCGUGAUAGAGUUUGGAGAGGCUCGCUAAAUGUGCGAGUUUCUGUGUGUCCAGAAUUACUCUUGACUGAGUUAAGUGAAAGUCAAGAUACCAAUUUAGGGUUUGUAAACAUCAUAGUACCGAGAGACUGUUACCUGGCUCUCUACCUACCAAACAUUAUUCAAAAAUUAGAAUCGCAGCUGAGAAUCAGUGUGAGCGAUUACUAUAGCGGCUGGUGGUUCGAAAUUGAGGGUGCCCGCAUGCCAUGGAAUUUUCCUGUUGGCGCGCUCUACGACUCCUCUACCGGUCUAAAUCCAAGUAAUAGAUCUUCUCUCCAUCAAGAGAAUAGUGUUCAUGUCUGGCAUUUGAUGCUCCGGCAUGGACAACAUAUUCCCAACGGCGUCAUACCACUAAAGAAUGGUAUUGAUCAGAUUCGAGAAUUUUGGAUGCAUCAGUGGAAGCAAGCGUGCUAUAUUUUGAACGGAUCCGCAAAGCAAGUCAUGUCGCUUUCUAAGCCUGACACUUUAACAUUUUGGCAAAGUGUGAUCCAUAGAGAUUUAACUAAAUUUGAGCCCAUACGACAGAAAAUUAUACCUAUGCCAAACGCCGUAAGGUUCAUUCCAUUGCGAAUUCAUGUGGCUUUGCCAGAUGUCAGACUGGUAGAGCCAAUUUGUAAAGCUGUUGAUAACGAGCGGGAUGUUGAAUUAGGGGAUGUGCUAGCUCGAGAGUUUCCCGAAUGGUUUGAGGCGAACGAAGAAUCAUCUAAUAUCGCCAAGCCCGUCAUUCAAGGAAUUGAAGUACCUUUGAGUGCACUAGUCUGGGAAGUAUAUCAGCAACUUUCCAGUUUCGAUGGGUUUUUGCACAUCUCGCUGUGCUUGCAAGCUGAAAAUCAAACCGUUUAG